AUGAACACCACAACGAAAGCCUACGCUUGCUUCAUCUGGGACAAGUCUCGGUUCUCCGACGCAGUGUUCAUGCAGGCCAUCUCGGAUGUUAUGCUCUAUAUGAACUACGUCACGACUGAUACACUGUCUCUCUACAAGGAGGAGCUUGCUGGGGAUACGGAUACCUACAUCCAAGAGCGUGCAUCUGUAACCAGAAAGUCUGUUCCGGAGACACUUCAGGCUGUCGUCAGUGACACCGUCGCGGCUGUUGAACGUAUCCGUGGUAUUCUGGGCGAAGGAGAAGCAAGGGACGCAUGGGGCAAUUUUGGGGCGAGCUAUAUCGGUGUUUACAUGGUCAACCCUUGA